ACCAGUAAGAAGCGUUCGAGACUACCAAAUCUGGGAACACCCGAUCCAAGUUUCAAAAUUUACCCGGUAAAAACAAAGCACCAGCACGUUCCUGCUCUCGAUCUAUAGGAAUGGAAUAAUCUCAAGUUCAGAUUUUGAAUGUUAAAAUCAGACAGAAGAAACAAAUUGGACGGAGACGUCAAAGCUGGAAAAGUCUGUGUGACCGGUUUAGAUUCAAUAUCGGUUUGUGGAACUAACCAACCGGGUUGACAAUAGAAAUUGUUUUUUCUCCAAUCCACACGCGCGUGUGUGCUUUGUAAGAAGACCAAAGAUGGUGACGACGAGCAUCGGCGGGGCUCCGCUGGUGGUUGCUCGGUUUCGGCGGAUUCCGAAGAGCCUCAGGUGCUUCUCCGCUGCCGCCAAUUCUGACCUUCUUCGCUCCCAGCUCGAUCGGCUUCACGCAGAGGCAGAAUCCACUCGUGCUAAAGCAAACAGUAAUAGGUUGAGACUUCUGAGAUUAUCUGAGGCUGCUGAGAAUCUACGGAAACAAGCAGCUGUGAAUGUUCAAACAGGGAAAGAGGAUGAUGCCAGAGACUUGCUUCUUCAGAAGAAAAAAGUUACGCAUGCUUUGGACAAGGCGAAAGCUCGUAUUGAGUUGCUCGAUACGCUUUCUUCUAAACUUCACGAGGCAAUAUCUGUCAAGGAAACACAGCUGAUAGGGAAUAUAUCUUUGGAUCUCCAAGAGGAUGGAGAGAACAGUUCAGGUGGAAUCCACAUUGUAUCUCCAAAGCCCAAAUCGACUGAAGACAGGCACGAAAAUGACCAGUCUCUUUUGGAUUCUGAGGAGAGUGAACUUAUUGAAAGGAAUUUUGAGGAUAACCAAGAACUUCUCGAUACCGGUAGUCAUGUACUAGAAGAUGUUUCUACUGGUAGCAUCCUCAAAGAAGUGUCUUCUUAUGAAUCUUACUUGGAAAAUAUAGACCAGAAACUUAGCAGAAUUGAAGCUGAACUAGUCACUGUUGUAAAUGUUGCAUCCUUGGUACUUAAUCGUGAAGAUAAACCCAAAAAUCUAAAGGUUCAGCAGACUGCAGAAAUUCUUGAUGAGAUUCGUCAUGUGAGGGAAAGAAUCGCAAAUAUCAUUUCCAAAGAGGCAAACUUCAAUUAGUGCUUCAAGCAUUACUUAAGUUCAUAUCAAGAUCCUCACUUCAGUUUCAGUGAAGCGAAACCAGCGAUGUGAACCAAAGAAAUGAAACCAUUCUUUGUGUGAACAGUUAAAAUUAAAUGUAGUCCUUUUCUUCUUGCUGUGAAUAUUAAGUCAUACAUUUAAAUUUUGAUGUGAUAUGAAAUUAAUAUGGGCGUUCACGUUAAUGUUGUGUGAUAUGAGACGAUAAAUAUUUGAUGUGUGAA